AUGUACAAAACAGUUGUGUUUCUUGUUACUAUUAUUAAAGUGGUUUCAUCUGUACGUGUUGAAGAUCCGAUAGUAGAACUUCCAAAGGGCAAAAUAUUAGGACGCCAGGCGACAACUUUUGCUAACACACCUUUUUACGUUUUUCAGAAAAUACCUUACGCAACUCCACCAGUUGGUGCACUUCGAUUUAAGGCACCCCAACCUGCUGAACCUUGGGAAGGCGUUCUUAACACAACGUAUUUAGAUGUGAGUUGUUAUCAACAAAUAGGAGAUUUCGAAUCUGAGUCCGAAGAUUGCCUUUUCGUCAAUGUUUAUACUCCAACGCUACCUGUAGACAAUGAAAAUGUCUCUCUUCCUGUCAUGUUCUUCGUACAUGGUGGUGCAUUCGUGAGUGGCUGGAGCAUGUACUACCCGCCUGAUCUCUUCAUAGAUAAUGAAGUCAUUUUAGUUACUAUCAACUACAGACUAGGAGUUUUUGGCUUUUUAUCAACAGGAGAUGAAGUAAUACCUGGAAAUAAUGGAUUCAAAGACCAACGACUAGCCAUACAAUGGACCCACGACAAUAUACAUUUGUUUGGUGGUGACCCAGAAAAAAUUACUAUUUUUGGCGAAAGUGCGGGAUCAGUUUCCAUUUCCUAUCAGCUACUAAAUUUAGAUUCCGAUGGACUGUUCAGAGCGGCAAUUUUACAAAGCGGUUCGUUUUUGUGUCCAUGGUCUUACCAAAGAAACCCUAGAAGAAUUGCCUUCGAAACAGCAGCAGUUCUAAAUUCGACCUUCUCUAGUAGCGACGAUUCGAAUGCCCUGUUAGAAUUUUUACAAAGUGUUAGCGCACAUGAUUUAGAUGCAGCUGCGGAACAGUAUUUGGAAAGCAUUAGUAACCCAUGGGACGAUAAUUCUCCUAAAGGCAUCAGCUACGGAGCUGUAACUGAAGUGAAAAAUCCGGACGCUUUCAUCACUAAGAAAAUGUAUGGGUUACUUCAAGCAGGGACUAUUUUGAGGGUACCUGUCGUUAUGGGUCUUAAUUCCGAAGAAAAUUUACUCUAUAAUCAAGACCCAGUUGCUCUGGAAGCAGUUCUAGAAGUAUGGGACGACAAUUUAGGUUUGCUUGUACCCGAGGACAUGCAGAUUACGGAUAGCGACGAACUUCCCAAAAUGGGAAAAUCCAUUCGAGAUAUUUAUACAGACGGUGAACCCUUUGGUACACGCUUGGGAGAUGGUGUUCGAUCUUCCAGUGACACUUGUUUCAGUCGACCAGUGACCAAGCAUGCAGAACUAGCAUCCGCUUUCAAUGACAUUUACUUUUACGAGUUUUCUUAUGAUGGAGCACCUGGCAAUAUUUCUGUACACUACGAUGGUGCUGAAAGUGUGGGUCAUACUGAAGAACUGUCAUAUCUUUUUUGUAGUAGUAUAUUAGGGUGUAGCUUUAGUGAAUUUACAGAAUGCGAUACACUUACAUCGCAACGACUCAUCACACUUUGGACAAAUUUUGCAAAAUAUCAAAAUCCAACGCCAGAAAUGUCAGAGCUGUUCCAAAAUAUUACGUGGCCAAACCUUGUUGUCGAAGAUGGUGAUUUUCUUUAUCUAGAUAUUAACGAAGAAUUGGAAAUUAAAAACCAUCCCAAGGCAGAAAUUAUUAGGAAGUGGAAUAGUCUUUAUGAUAGUUUGAAUUUUACUGAUUUUGACACUUACUAA